UCUCCUCCUAUACCAUACCCACCAGACCAAGUAUGGUGACAAGCUUAUCAGCAUAUGACUUGACGGCAGACAAAACAAACCAGAUCUGAAAAGAAAAAAAUUAAAACGCCAGAUCGAUCGAUCGAUCGGAAACAAGAUGGGGCGGUCGCCGGAGGCCGGCAAAGACUAGAUCUAUCGAUCUAUCUCUCGGCGGCAGAGGAGAUACAGACACACAGAGAUAGAGAGCUACUGGUUGGGGAAGGAGGAGACAGUUUUUUGAAGAAAUGUCCAGAGCUUAGAUGGGAUCUAGCUGCCAGUUUACUUUCCACUAUAUGAUGGAUCAGAACAACUCGACUAUAAGGACAUACAUGGCCAUCAUGGCUGAGAGGGACGCGGCCAUCCUAGAACGGAACCUGGCCAUGGAUGAGAGAAAGAGAGCUUUAGCAGAGCGAGACAUGGCAAUGCUGCAGAGAGAUGCUGCAAUCUCUGAGCGCAACUCUGCGAUUCAGGAACGCAAUGAGGCCAUAGCUGCCCUUCAAUUCCAGGACACCCCUCAAGAUGAAAGCAACAUUACCCAUUACCCCCACCACAACCACCAGCACCCUCACCAAAUGGUUGCCACCUCAGUUGACCCUGUCCCUGCUCCGGAAACUUCCAUCCCCAGGAAGGUGAAGCGGCAACCAAACGAAAGCAGAGAGUUUGAGGAAGAGCCAUCCAAGUUGCCGAGGGUGCUCAAGGAAGAGAGUUUUGACUGGCAGGCAGUCUCCGCAUUCAAUGAUUGGGCAGAUGGUGGUGGGAACCACGGAGAAUUCGUGGACCCCGGCGAGGAGGAAGAAGAAGAAGAACGAGAAGGCAAGCCCCUCCAAGAUUCGUGGGACCCGGCGGAUGUGUCGGGCAUGCCAACGGCUGUAUGUUCGUGUACCGGAACUCCGCGGCAGUGUUACAAAUGGGGGAAUGGCGGCUGGCAAUCGGUGUGCUGCACGACGACAAUAUCAAUGUACCCUUUGUCGCAAGCAUCAGACAAGCCCUACUCCAGAGUGGGCGGCCGAAAGAUGAGCGGGAAAGCAUUCAGCAAAUUGAUUGGCCGAUUGACCGCUGAAGGAUAUGACAUGUCUGCCCCUCUUGAUCUCAAGGACCAUUGGGCCAAGCAUGGCACUAAAAAGACAUCUAUACUGCCUGCUUAAUCUGAUUUUUGAUUAUUUAAUUUAGGCAAAUGCUACUUUGAAACCAUGUUUGACACCACCCAAUCUUACAGACGCCGCACAAACAGUUACUUAUCAUCUAGACAAUUAUUGUCUGUGCGGAGAGACUAGUGAUGUCAAACCUGAUGUCAUAUUUAAUUUAGGCAAAUGCUACUUUGACACCAUGUUUGACGCCACUCAGUCUCACAUACCCGCACAAACAGCUAUUUAUCGUCUAGACUGUUAUUGUCCAUGCGUGAUUGAGAGAUUGGUGGUGUCAAACUUGAUGUCAUAUGUGAUGUGAGUGUAGCUUUACUCUUAAGUUAAUGCUUUAGGCUCUUUGUUUCAAGAGCAAUUUAUGGUUUGCUAACUUUGCUUUGUACCAUUAAUUUUUUUCAUUUGAAAAAGUAUACCAUUAGAACAUUUGAG